AUGCCAAACCAGGUCCUUCAUCUCCUAGACUUGCCGAACGAGAUACUGCUGAACAUCGCUCAUUGGUGCCAUAUUCAGCCUCGCGAGACCAAACGUGUGACUAGCCUGAUUCCUACGACUGAUUUUCGUAAGGAAGAUUGCUCCGUGAACGUAGGAGGAGGUCUAGACAGUCUUUCUCGUGUCAACAAGUGCCUUUGGAAUAUCCUAAGGCUUGUCGUUUUCUCACGAUUGAAUAUCAAGUGCGACGAAGACAAACUUGGUAUACACUUGACCACGCUUCUCCAAAAUGGGACCAUAUCGCAUUCUGCCCGAACCCUCUGCAUCGUGACCGAGAUUUCAAACAAUCCACGCACAAAGUACGCGGUGCAACACAGUAGCGAUGUGAGAGCUGAGUCGAAGGGUCGCAAAUGUGCGGUGUUGCCGAUAUCUGUCCUCGAAAUAAUUCCUGGUCUUAUCGACUUACGCGUCGACAUUGAAAUGUGCUUUACAGAGCCUUGGCUCUUAACCUACUUCCGACAAUGCGCAAUUCAAAUAAAUCUGCGGUUGGACCAGCUUGAGGGUCUGUUUCUCGGCAAAAGUACGUGGGUCGGUGCGACGAAUUCGGUUGAUGGAGACAUGUCGUUCCUGGUCUCAAUCUGUCCUAAUAUUGAGCGGGCAUCUUUGCCUUUCGUUCAGAGGAGACCACGUGUAGAAAACUUUGUUCCUUUCGGGAAUCUCAAGAAUCUAAAAGAUGUCCAAUUUGACAUGGGAGUCGAUCGGGUUUCUUAUUCGGGAGAGUGGAAUGAAAUCUCUGUGUUAGGUCAGUAUGUCAUUCCUCCUACAUUGAUUAUUGCUUCUAACUCGACAUCAGAAAUAACUGACAUCUUUCCGAGGUCGCACCGGCACUACCUCCCAGGCAAGUUCUUUUCUAAUGUCAGGUCGCUGGCCCUCAUAUUAGGACGACUUGCGAAACUGGAGUUUCUAGCUCUCACCAGUCCGAUUCUAGUGAACAUCGAAAGUAGAGAGGCAGCCGCUCGUUCGGAAGUCUUCGAGAACAACCCAGCAUGCCAAGCUACUGGCUGGCCGCGCAUCAUGCAAGUCAGCGGUUGA